GAAGCGGAUUGCACCUGAUCAUUUUUCCAAGGCAGCAUUUUUCUGAAAGGUCUCAUACAAUGUGACCUGACUGUUAACUAUUCCUGACCUGAUCUAAACAGCUGGUAAGGAUCUCACGCUACACGAAGAUCUCUCAGUAGGAUGCUGCUGAUCACUCUCUUCCUCCUCCCCAUCUUCACCUCCCCGGGGGUGUCGGAAAUGAUUGACCUCCCCUUCACCGACUCCUGGGGGAACACUAUCAAGUCGGAGUUCUGCAUGCCAGUCACACAUGGCGUCCUCAACUGGAGAGCACAUCUCUUCUUUGACCAUCCGACUAACAACAUGAAGUUCUAUUCCGGAGUUGUGGUCGAGUCCAAGGAUAACGGGAAGGAGUAUGUGAUUGAACACAGCCCCCGCCACGGCGAGCUGACCACAGGAAGCCAAUACUGUGGUCACUUCAUGGUGGACUACACCGACCAGAAACUCACCAGCAUGAAGUUUUACAUUGAAGGGGUUAACGGCCCAACCCCUACACCAGAUUACCAUAGAGGUCACGUCCUCUGGGAACUGAAGUCAUUUGACCCCAACAACUACUUGAACCACUGGAAAGCCCUGGCCGACGGUCAGUUUGACGAAGGGUCGGGGUCAGUUGUCGAUGACCCUGCAGGAGGGGGAAAUAAGGUACUGCGGGUGUUCUACGAAAAGGGCCAAUACGUCAGGCUCCAUUCGCACAGGGGUCUUGGCUUCUAUGCUAAGCCAACGGCUCCACAGAAGGCCUUGACCCUAAGCUAUGACCUUUUCUUUGACCCCAAUUUUGACUUCGUCAAGGGAGGUAAGUUGCCUGGACUUUUUGGAGGCUGGGUGAAUUGUUCAGGGGGGACACAUUCCGACACGUGCUUCACGGCUCGCCUGAUGUGGAGGGAGAACGGGGAUGGGGAAAUCUACGCUUAUAUACCCUCUGAACAGGUGUCAUCAUUCUGCCAUGAUGUCGAGUGCAACUUCGUCUACGGCAAUUCCAUCGGGAGGGGGAGCUGGAGGUUCCAGAAGGGAAAGUGGCAGACAAUCACAGAACACAUUACGCUCAACACUCCCGGGAAGACGGACGGUUUCGCGAAGAUGUGGUACAACGGCCGGCAGGUCUAUGAAAUCAACAAUGUCAACUUCAGAAACAAUGUUAACAUUAUGAUUGAUGGAAUUUUGUUCUCAACCUUCUUUGGGGGAAGUACCUCGAGUUGGGCCCCGACUCGUGACUGCUACACCUACUUCAAGAAUUUUGUCCUGUCCACUGAAAAAAUUGAUCCACCUCGUAUUGUGGGAUAGGGGUCUGAUUCCUCGCUUAUUUGAAAUAAAACAAAUACAUGUAAAUGUGAA